AUGUCAGACCUAUUACGGAACACCGAUGACGGCGAAGCACCACAGCCGUCGCCACGACCUAAGCCCAAUCCACGACCCGUAACCAUGUCGAGCCUUUCAAUAGUAGAGGCCGAUGAGUGCUCUUCUGAUUCGUCUGCUGAUUCGAGUGCUUCACUUAACACUAUCAGGCCGAGUUCAAGUGAAGAGGUUGCAUCCGCCAGUCACUGGACGAAAUUCUUCGAUCAAGAAUUCUACUUCGACGUCGACAGUGAUACGCAGAAAGCGAGAUAUCACGUCUACUUCACGCCACCAACAGACGUCAAGAAAGGCCCUCUCUUUAUCUGCCAUCACGGAGCUGGUUCAUGCGGCUUGUCCUUUGCCUUGUUCACCCGCGAGCUACGGAAACGACUACCAGACGCCGGCGUUCUGAGCCUCGAAGCACGAAACCAUGGCUCUAUCGUCACGAACCCACAGUCAGGAGAAGAGAUCGUCGACUUCAGCCUGGCAACCAUGACCGCCGACGCCGAAACAAUGAUCAACAUGACCAAGCAGGAGCUCGGCUGGACCCAACUCCCACCUACCGUCCUCCUCGGCCACAGCCUAGGCGGCUCCAUAGUCACACAGCUAGCAGUCAACUACGCCCUCGGCAAUGCAAUAAUAGGCUACUGCGUAAUCGACUUUGUCGAAGGCUACGCGAUCGAAGCCCUCCAACAAAUCGCCAGCUACCUCGCCACCCGGCCCAAGAUCUUCAGCAGUCUUGACGAAGCAGUCCAAUGGCACGUCCGCACCCGCACCAUCCGCAACCCAGAAAGCGCAGCGAUAAGUGUCCCGAGCAUGCUCACACGAUUGCCAUCGGGGAAGUACGUAUGGAAAACCGAUUACAGCGCCACGCAGCCCUGGUGGGAUGGCUGGUUCCGAGGUCAGAGCCAGAAAUUCCUCACGGGUAGAGGAGCCAAAGAGUUGAUACUGGCUGGGACUGAUCGGCUAGAUAAAGAUCUUAUGAUUGGGCAGAUGCAGGGGAAGUUUCAGCUGGUGGUUGUGCCUGAGGCGGGACAUUUUGUGCAGGAGGAUGUGCCGGAGAAGACUGCGCAGUUGCUGGUUGAGUUUUUCGGACGGAAUGAUAGAAGUGCUAUGGUGUUGCCUCCAAAGGUGUCGGAUUUACUUGCUCAGGGGAAGAAGGUCUGA